GGUGGCCCAGCAGCAGGAGUUAGGAGUCACCUGCCCGUGAGAGCCCCGCCAUUGGGAGCCAAAUGCCCGGAGAGGUGCAGCCGCGCCGAGCAGCGCCUCAGCUCUCCUGAACGGCACCGCACACCGCUCCCCCGGCACCCAGCGCUCGCCCGGCACCUCCCGCCCCACGAAUGGCUACUCAGAGGAAGCACUUGGUGAAAGAUUUCAACCCCCACAUCACCUGCUAUAUCUGCAAAGGUUAUCUCAUCAAGCCCACCACGGUCACCGAGUGCCUCCACACCUUUUGUAAGACUUGCAUCGUUCAACACUUUGAAGACAGCAAUGACUGUCCCAGGUGUGGAAACCAAGUGCAUGAGACCAAUCCACUAGAAAUGUUAAGGCUGGAUAACACCUUAGAGGAAAUUAUAUUUAAGCUCGUGCCUGGACUUCGAGAACAGGAACUGCAGCGAGAGAUUGAGUUUUGGAAGAAAAACAAACCUCAAGAAAACGGCCAAGCAGACGAAAGCCCAAAAGCUGAUAAACCCAAAGUAGAUGAGGAGUGUGAUGAAAAUGAAGACGACAAGGACUAUCACAGGAGCGACCCCCAGAUUGCCAUCUGCCUGGACUGCCUGCGCAACAACGGGCAGUCGGGGGACAACGUGGUCAAAGGUUUAAUGAAGAAAUUCAUCCGCUGUUCUACUCGAGUGACCGUGGGAACUAUCAAAAAGUUUCUCAGCUUAAAAUUAAAACUUCCGAGUUCUUACGAGCUGGACGUACUAUGCAAUGGAGAGAUCAUGGGGAAGGAUCACACGAUGGAAUUCAUCUACAUGACCAGAUGGAGACUAAGAGGCGAAAACUUUCGGUGUCAGAACUGCUCAUCUUCGCAAGUCUGCUCAGAGGAUGGCACUUUUUAUCAGUCUUACCCUAUGGUACUUCAGUAUCGACCUAGAAUUGACUUCGGUUAGACCAAAGGGCCAGAUCCCACUGAGAUGAAUCCUGCACUAUUGUUUACCCAUCGACAGAUUGCACAAUGAAUGGAUGUGCCUGGAUUAGGGGGACACAACCAGAUUUUCAGCAUGCAAAUAAGGACAUUGUCUUUCUUAAAAUCGUCGGUUGCAUCUCUGUUGUUUCUCUUAGAGCAAGCUAAGUGCCAUUCUGCUACUGAAAUGUGCAUAAAGAUAUUUGUGUAUCUUACGAGUGUGCUGCAAAUCAUAGCCAAAAUCAUGACGUGUACAGUCUGGAUUCAACAACUAUGGAAUAUUUUUGCUUGCGUGUUAGAACAUUUCCCUGGUCCGAAUAUCGGUUACACUAGCAAAACAGCAGAGUGCCCAUCCCGUGUGCUGUUGUGGUUUCACACACUUGCUAUUUUACUGAAUAGUGUUGUUUAAAUCAUAGAGUACUGUAAAAAUAACUAAGGAUUAUACCUUGAAGAUAUUUUGUAUAGAAGAUAUAUUUAGAAGAGUGGUAAUUGGGCCACUAACUUUUUCUUGAUAAGCUUCUCACGGGUCCAGGUAUAGCUCACUCAUGAGUGUGCAACGGUCCUUUUGCAGUGAGGGAAGAUUAAUUACCGCUAACGAGAGGUGUAGAACGUGGUAAUUCAAAACAGUCAUUUUAAAUCUUCUAAAUAGAUUCUGCUAAUAUUGCUUCAAAGCAUUGCAGCCUUUCUGAUUGCACUUUUCUAUGGUUUCCCUAAAGAUUGGAGUUUGGGAUACUAGCUGUUUUUGGAAAAUGGCUUCUGGUCAGGUUACAUUUCUUCUAAUAAAGCCUCCAUAAAAAGGAAGUUAAAAAUAACAUGUCUAUGGAACAAGUAGAUUUCACUGUAAGGUUACAAACCAAGGCAACGUUUUACAUAAGUAUUGCCUUUUAUAGUAAACAUUUCCUUUUAAGAUUGGUUGGAGGUAUAUAAUAUGCUAAAGGAAAAGUAAUAUAUAGCUUUAAUGACAUUCUAUAUGAUAUCUCUGGUGACUACCUGGAGUUUAGCAUUCAUCAUGGAAGUUUUCAUUCCUAUUUCUGUAAAAGGAGAGGUGAUGCAAUACUGAAGAUGAGCCGUCUGACCAAAAGCAGUGCUCAGGUCUGGUUUGUGCUGGAUAAAGAGUGAUUGUGGCCUUAGGUAUUGCAGGGGUGAUGGUUCCAGUGCAGAGUGGCACUGGGGGCUCUGGUAACGCCGCAGGGAACGCAUUGACCCAUCUGUUCUCCGUAGUCUUCCGUUGUCUUUGCUCUGCUUAACGGUCAGUUGAGAUUUUCACUUCAAAUUCUGUGGAGAAACUUGGAGUUUAGUACCUUUAUGUAAUUUCCACUUACUCCACGUACCAUCUACAGCACUUGCUGGUGUUGCAGAUAACCAUCGACUCUCUGAUGCCUUGUGCCAGCAGCAAAAGGAACCAAAUCACCUUUUCAGAAGCUACUGUAGAGCAAACUAAUCGCAGUUAGAUAAGACAGAGUGGAAAUUCUGUCUCGGGAUAGAGUAUGAAAGACAGAUGCAGGGCUGUCACCCCUUUGUAGAUUUUUGUUCGUGUUUCUGUAGGGAGAAAAAAAAAAGCAUGUUUUGGGUGAAGUCUGGCCCCGCUGGUGUUAGCAGGAGUUGUGAUGCUGAUGACUUGAGGAGUGGGUGUAGAGUCAGGUGAAUGUCUCCCAUUGCACUCCAGAGCCCAGCUGAGGUGCAGAAAGGAUGCUGUGGGCAGCACUAGGAAACCUGCCCUUGCAGGUCGAGGUUGCACAUAUUGUUUGGUUGCUGCUGAGCCUGGGGAAGAAAAGUGUUGGGGAAGAUGGUGCUCCUCUCCCCAGACUGGUCCAGGCACUGAUUUGCCCACCCAGUCCGUGAUGUGCUACGUGACAGGAACCAGAAGGUUCUCCGUGGAGCAGGGGGGUCUUCUCCUCUGCAGGGUCUCUAGGGAAAAACAGGGUUUUUGUGUAUAUAGAUAGAAGUCCUCCUCCUGGGGCAGCUUGGAAGAGCAGGGCACACGUUCUAAUCGCAAAUCAUUCUUCAGUAUAUCCAGUUGUUUUGUACGGUAGGAAUAGGAUAUCAUUUGUAAAUAUUUACCUGCACAUACCAGUGACACCUUACAGUUUUUAUAUGUGUCACGUGUUUUUAUACCAGAAUUUUCACUGUAGAUUCACUAGAGAUAAAACGCCUGGCUCAGUUUGUCACAAAGCUAAUGGUAGUGCUCGUCAGUGUAAUUCUUACUUGGGUCAGGGGACAACUUUUUUCUCAAUGGUUGCACUGCUGUUUUGCCAAAUAUGAACAGACUGGUUUUAAAAAGAGAACACCACAGUAAUUUUAAUCCAUUUUUGGUGAUGUCCAAAUGGUUAUAUCCAUUUAUGCAUCCACCUGACAGGACCCCUGAAAUAGGACCACUUUGGAUUUGCUUCUGAAUGACAACUAAUAGAAGAUUUGACAGUUUAAUGACUUUCUGUAUUUGCAGUUCAGAGAGCCAUGAAUUUCUCUUGAUCAGAAUUGGACGUUGGUUUAAUUCAUGGCAUUUUCUUGAUGGAGCUUAAAGCUUGAUUACAGAAGGCAAAUCUUCAUUUUAAGCAUGGAAAAUACUGACAGGUAGAUGUGAUGUUCCCAGCUGAGAGUCAUGGCAUCAAGUGCAUAUGGUCUGGCCACCUACGCCUGAUGCAUUGCUGAUCUGACAGCACAGUGCUGUUAUAUCCUCAUACUGUUACUGUUUCAUGGUUUUUGUGGCAGUGAAGUGCCCGUGAAAUACAUAUCUUAACGGGGCAGCUGGUGUAACACAGGCAUUGCCUUUUUUGCAGGCAGUUUCACUGUUGUAUAGCACGUAUGUGUCGUGUGUCUGCAGAUCUGCACGUUGAAUUCCUUUGUGCCAGUGGAGAAUUGCUGAGCAGCGUAGGAUACGGGGGUGCCUGUGCAGGGUCCUGUGUGCCAAAGAUGGGAUAAAGUGACCCAAGAACGUGAGCAUUCCAUGAAAACUGUGCUGAAUGCCAUGGUGGAGCAGGUUGCUGUACACAGCCACACUUGUGGGCAUUGCCAUGGCAAAGGCUCACCCCGGCAUGUUCAUAAAGAAUAAGGAUAUAAAACACGUGUUGCUGCCACUGUUUCCCUGCCUUUGCCCCAUGGGCAGUACCUUGCUGCAGAGGAAUAAGGCCUAAAAAAUUUCCCUCUACUACCUAAUCUUGCUCUCUUAUUUAGCACAUUUGGUGCUUUUUUUUUUCUCUAAAAGUGAAAAAAUUUAUGUGCUUUUAACUGUGUGGUAACUCAUUAACGAGCAUCAUGAUGAACUUUUUGUGGAGCAUAGCUGCGUGCUGCGUUUGUCUCGUAACAAACUGAGCAAGAUCCUGUAAUAUCUCAAACAAUAUGGAAUUAGAUGGUUAAUCAAGAAACGUUUCUUCCACCACACUUUACUACACUGCUCUUAGCUAAGGGCCUAGUCCUACAAAUGUAUUUUUAUUUGGAUGAAAUACCAAAUAAGAUUACUGCCACCCUCUAAGUGACUCACCACUGUAGUAGGUCUGUUCCCCUGAAAACUUCUAGGAUUGGAUUGCUAGGACAUCGUGCAGACUCACUAGCUUGAAGUUAUUAUGCAAAAAAAUAUUUCUAAAAAGUAUUGUUUUGACUUUACUGAAAAAGCUAUCUAAAGCAAAGUGCCUGAUUAUUAAUCCAGAAUACCUUGUAAGCCCAUUAUUUGCAUUCAGCAGGGUCAUGUUUGCUUCUGUAUUUUAGCUAUGGUCUUAAUGUUUUC